AUGAGGAACAUCUGGAGCCCGAGCCGCACAUCUGGUCCCCGCCCUCCCCGCGCCCCCGCCACUUCCUGUCGGGGCGCGCCCCCACCCGCCCCGGCCGCUCCACACAAACUUUCCGUCCCGCUCGCUCCCUCCUCCGCGCGCGGCGCCUCCCGCUCCGGCCCGGCUCAUUCCGCGCAUUCCGGCCCGUCCCCUCCCCACGACCCCCCCUUCCCCGGCCCCCCUCGCUCGGCUCCCUCGGGCCCGGCGGAGCGGCCCGGCCGGAGCGCCCCCCCGAGCUCGGACCAGGCCCCAGCCGCCCCGGUGGGCUCAGGCCCCGAGCCCAGAGCAACCAGCACAAUAGCGUCCAACAGCUGGAACGCCAGCAGCAGCCCCGGGGAGGCCCGGGAAGAUGGGUCCGAGGGCCUGGACAAGGGGCUGGACAAUGACGCGGAGGGCGUGUGGAGUCCGGACAUCGAGCAGAGCUUCCAGGAGGCCCUGGCCAUCUACCCGCCCUGCGGCCGCCGCAAGAUCAUCCUGUCGGACGAGGGCAAGAUGUACGGCCGGAACGAGCUGAUCGCACGCUACAUUAAGCUGAGGACGGGGAAGACUCGGACGAGAAAACAGGUGUCCAGCCACAUACAGGUUCUAGCUCGGAAGAAGGUGCGGGAAUACCAGGUUGGCAUCAAGGCCAUGAACCUGGACCAGGUGUCCAAGGACAAGGCGCUCCAGAGCAUGGCGUCCAUGUCCUCGGCGCAGAUCGUCUCGGCCAGUGUCCUGCAGAACAAGUUCCGCCCGCCCUCCCCCCUGCCCCAGGCCGUCUUCUCCUCGUCCUCCCGGUUCUGGAGCAGCCCCCCUCUCCUGGGACAGCAGCCUGGACCCUCUCAGGACAUCAAGCCCUUUGCACAGCCAGCCUACCCCAUCCAGCCUCCCCUGCCUCCGGCGCUCGGCAGUUAUGAGCCGCUGGCCCCGCUGCCCCCUGCCGCCGCCUCCGUGCCCGUGUGGCAGGACCGCACCAUCGCCUCGUCGCGCCUGCGGCUCCUCGAGUACUCGGCCUUCAUGGAGGUGCAGCGGGACCCCGACACGUACAGCAAACACCUCUUUGUGCACAUCGGCCAAACGAACCCUGCCUUCUCGGACCCGCCCCUGGAGGCGGUGGACGUCCGUCAGAUCUACGACAAGUUCCCCGAGAAGAAGGGGGGGCUGAAGGAGCUCUAUGAGAAAGGCCCCCCGAAUGCCUUCUUCCUCGUCAAGUUCUGGGCCGACCUCAACAGCACCAUCCAGGAGGGCCCCGGGGCCUUCUACGGCGUCAGCUCCCAGUACAGCUCCUCGGACAGCAUGACCAUCAGCGUCUCCACCAAGGUGUGCUCGUUCGGCAAGCAGGUGGUGGAGAAGGUGGAGACCGAGUACGCCAGGCUGGAGAACGGGCGCUUCGUGUACCGCAUCCACCGCUCGCCCAUGUGCGAGUACAUGAUCAACUUCAUCCACAAGCUCAAGCACCUGCCCGAGAAGUACAUGAUGAACAGCGUGCUGGAGAACUUCACCAUCCUGCAGGUGGUCACGAGCCGGGACUCCCAGGAGACGCUGCUGGUCAUCGCCUUUGUCUUCGAAGUCUCCGCCAGCGAGCACGGGGCACAGCACCAUGUCUACAAGCUCGUCAAAGACUAGGGCGUCCUCUGCCGCCACCACCACGACCGGGAUGAGCAUCUUGUCCACACCCCCGCCUGGCCCUGCACCCCCGGUGCCCGGGACCCAGGACUCAGCCGGGACCCAGGAGGCUGCCCGCUCCCGCCACCACACACACUCCCUGCCACUGUUCUGCGCUUUACUUGUGGGCGGAGAGAGGGGGGCUCCACGGGGCGCCGCCACCCCGCUCUGCCCAGCCGAGGAGGGAGGAGGAGCCGGGGCUCAGGUUGGGUGGCCCCGUGAUAGGAUGUAGACCAGGGAGGAGUCGGCGUGCAGAGACCCUGGACCGAGCGGGCCAGGCAGGGGUGGGUGGAGGCAAGAGCAGGGCCCAGGUGCCCGCCCAGGUGCCGGCCUCUACGUGCCCCGGACCACCUCACGCCUGCUAGGCGAGCCCGGUGGGGUACUGAGAAUCCAAGACCCUGCCUGGGGGAACAGGCAAAGCUGGGGUUCUCCCCACCGGUCCCCCUCACCCCUGUCCCCGGAGAAACCAACAAGGACACGAGCUCCCUGCAGUGGGGGUCAGCCACAGAGGCCGCAGUGGGGGUCAGGCACGAUACAGGAAGGAGCAGACCUCGGGGACCUGGGCACGUCACCUGCCCAGAGUCCCCUGCAGCAGGGCGGAAACUGCCCUCUGCUGCCAGCUGUCCAGGCGGGGGGCUCUGAGGCCAGCCCUCUCCCAGCG